AAAAGAUACAGCACUAGCAACGUCCGCCAUAUUUGAUGAGAAAGGCCAGGCUACGAAGCAAAUCGUGGCCUCUCCUUCGUUCUCUUUAAUGUCUACCUGAGCAAAAUGAGCGACGGUACAGCAACAAUCAGAACGAGAAAGUUCCUUACUAACCGCCUGCUUCAACGGAAGCAAAUGGUGGUAGAUAUUCUUCACCCUGGAAGACCAAAUGUCUCAAAGGCUGAAGUCCGUGAAAAGUUGGCCAAAGUGUAUAAAACCACCCCAGAUGUAAUUUUCUGUUUUGGUUUUAAAACUGCUUAUGGCGGUGGCAGGAGUACUGGUUUUGCUUUGAUAUAUGACUCCCUGGAUUUUGCUAAGAAGUUUGAACCAAAGUACCGCCUGACUAGACAUGGACUUUAUGAAAAGCCAAAGUCAUCACGCAAACAGCGAAAGGAAAAGAAGAACAGAAUGAAGAAGGUUCGUGGAACAAAGAAGGCUAAAGUUGGUGCUACAGGAAAGAAGUAAAAUGGUCAGCUGUCUUUCAACUUCCAAUGCUCAGUAGUUGUAUCAUUAAAAUGUAAAGUGAUUCAAACUUGA